GGUAAACACAGUUCAAAAAAGAUAUUCACAUAGAAAUAGUUCUUUGAGAAAUGAACUUUUACAUCUGAAACUCAGUGCAGUAGUGGGAGGUGCUAAAUUCGGAUUAUGAGUGUAAUGAACUUUUUCCUCGAGUUCAGUGAUGGAGGGGUACUCUAAAAAGUGCAAGGAUCUGACGACUCGCUUUGAUUCGGGUACAAAACAGUGUGUCCCGUGUGAGAAGCCAAAACCAGGAAGAGAACUUACCCCUAACUGUGGCUAUGAUGACAACAAAGGUCGACAUGAGACAUCCACCAAAAGUUGCAAAAUCAACUUUUUUAAUGAUGGCAGCAAAGCAUUCUGUCAACCAUGCACCUCAUGUCCGACUGGUUUUCAAACUGUGAGCCCCUGCAACGCAACUACCGAUACCCAGUGCCAAGACCUACGUUUGACCACCGAAGAUCCUGCCAGAGAAACAACUACAACAACAACAAUAGCAACAACAUCUCAGCGUGUUUCAACUUUUUUCAGCAAGGCAUCAACGAUUCAGACGAAGGAAGAAUCCAGCUUAACACCUCAUGCAACCAGUCAUGAUGUGCCAUGGGCAUUACAUUUUGCCAUCCUAAUUGCCAUCAUGCUUGUUGCACUAUUUGGUUUCAUAAUCUACAUGAAGAGGAAAAGAGGCAGGAACACAAGCUAUGGAACAAGUUUGACCAGAAGAUCAUCAUGCAUGAAUGUAGGGUUCUAUCCCCUCUCUGCCCUACCUGAAAGUGAUCUGGAGGACAUUCUGAGGCCUGACAUCAUAUCAGCACCUCUACAGACUGUGCUGGACAACCUGGAUGUUUUGGAGGAGCUGGUUAUUUUGUUGGAUCCAGAGAGCCAUGGCGUCAAGAACACCAAACAUCUUGCAUCUCACUGCUCCUUCCCGUCCACCUGGAUCACGUACACCUAUUCUAUGAAGGACAGUAAGAGCCCUCUUAAAGCUGUGCUGGAAGGGGUCACUAGCAGGCACCCUGACUGGACAGUGGGGCAUCUGGCAAAGCUGCUCAGACAUAUAGAGCGCAAUGAUGCCAUUGCCCCCCUUGCAAAACUCAGAUUUAAUUAGAUCGCCUUGUAGCAUUUCAUUAAAACACAAUAAAAAGAGCUGUAUCGAAUUUGUCCAGUAUAGUAAUACAAUUUGGUAUUGAUUUGAAGUCAGUGGGUCAUAUGACAUGGAAGCUUUUGAAAAAACUGCAAUUAUUUUCUAUUCAAAUAUUUAUCUAAAAUAAAUUAAUUACACAUUAGCAAUCAAAAUAGUUGUGCUACAUGAUACAAAUUUAGUAAAAUUCUUUAAUCAUAAUUUUCAUUGAUUGGACAACCAGUCCCACCCACAGCGCUGUGUCAGUGCUUUAUUAUCAAAUCCAUCCUGCUUGCUUAUUGAGAGAAUGCCUAAAUCAGUGAAACUCCAUACCAGGUUUUCACUGCUACACCCAGACAGAUUCUCACAUAGCACACGCACAUACACAGGAGGGCGUGACUGACGCCAGAUAGGAGGAAGAGAAACCGGACAGGAAAGAGGAAAGUAAGAUGGCAAAUGAGACUAAAAGAGGAGAGAAAGAAACGGAUGAAAUGAAGAAGUAAAGAAGGAAUGAGAGGAGCAAGUAAGGAAACAAAAAGGGAUGAAGGGGACAAAUGAAAAAAAAAAAAAACAGUGAAGGAAGUACCAAGGCAGGGAGGAGUUAUAGCUGUGAGCUUUUACUUUUUAUUACUUUUUAUUAUCUUAUUAUUAUUAAGUUAGUUAUUAUUAACUCUUUUAACUUACUGCAGUGCCACCAUUACAUUAGUUGGCAUAACUGGGUGCCUGAUAAUUCUGUGAAGUUAUGAAAUGUAUUAAAUAAAAAAGCAGCCAAAAUCAUCAACCCCUGAGGUCAUAUUUCAUGGGAUUUAUGGAUUCUAUGGGUUGGAUUUAAGUUGCUAUUUGAAAUGUUAACAAAUAUGUACUUUUAGCCAAAAAAAAAGUAUAUAUCAGGGGGCCUGUGCCACAAAGUUAUUAUGAUAUUCUCCAGCUAAUUUGAUGGGUUUGCUUGCACACACUCCUCAGACCUAUUCUGCUUAUGAAUUCAAGACUAUUGCUUUUCAUGAAAGUUGUUAAAUAGUAGCAGUGUUAUGUUGUUAUCUUGGUGGCUUUGUUUACACACAUAAUGUAGCUGUGUGACACAGGCCUCAGGUCCUGGUGAUUCUUCAUAAUAGUAGAAAUGACUAGAAGAUGAAUAUAGUUUAUUGGAGAAUCCACUUUACUCACUGAUUUGAUAACAUUUAGGAAAUUCAUUUAGUGGUUAUUAGAGAUGGCUCUGAAUUAGUCAUCAAAUCAGAUCUGUACGUUUAGCUUUUUAAUAUCUUCAAAUGUGAUCAAAUGUGACUUCCUCCAGAUGAAAUCACAAAACGCACUCAUAUUUUUUCUCAUGUGAGUAUAAUCAAUAUCAAACCAACUGUUAAAGGGCACAAGAAUACAGGAAAUUACAUCUAUUCUGUUAAAACUUUUCUGGGGGUGGACCCUCAGAGCUCAGCAUUUAGAUUGUCCCACCCACAUUUUCCAAUAUGUGCACAAAAGCAAUCAAAAAUGACAGUCAGCAAUUACAAAUUGUUCAACUGAACUGAACAAACAAUCAGCAAAGUGAUUUGUAAUUUCUGCCGCUGAGAGUAGGAUGAGAAGACUUAUCUUAGCCUGGAUCUGUCCAAUGGUAAAAAAAAAAAAAAAAAGCCUACAAGCUCAUAGUCUACAAUUUUACAUUUUUGCACUUCAGUUUUUGUACAGAUAAAAAACAAUCCCACUGUUUAUGCUGAACUAAGUUAAGCUAACUGAGGGAUGCUUCAAUUUUGGAGGACAGAUCUUCUCAUCUAACUCUCAGCAAGAACACAAAUAUGUGUAUUAUAGUCUCAAAUGAUUUCUUUAAAUGGCUAAAUGCAUUGGUGCACAUACUGAGCUCAAUUUUUUUUGUGCAAGAUGUAAGACAGCUUCUACAUAUGGAUUUUUCUUUUUCUAUUUGUACAUUAAUAUUGCAUGUGAUGAAAUAUAACUAAUAAUGAAUAAAAAUACUCAACUGCAACUAAUUAAUCACUUACUCAUGACUUGAACAUCUAAAAACAGUGAAAAAUGUCCAUCAUGGUUUCCUUAAGUCUGGUUAAGGUGAUGUCUUCAGAUUACUUUUGUUUGUUGGAUCAACAGUCCAGAGAUACUCAUUUUACUGUCACAUAAAACUAAGAAAACCAGCAAAUCUUCACAAAUGCCUGGCUUGAACUGGGGAAUGUUUGACAUGUUUGCUUUGAAAAUGAUUGAAACAAUUAAACAAUUGACUAAU